UUGAGUUAGCCAACGUUAUUGCGAGUUAAUUAUAAUUUUUUUAUUUCACGGUAGAGAAAAAAGAUGUCGACGAGUAGUCAAAGAACAUUUAUCUUUCUUUCUGUCUGCUUUUCCGCUUCGCUCGCGCCCCUCGCUCUUUUUAUAUCAAUUUAUGCAGAAUUGUUUCUCGUUACUCGUUGAGAUCGCGGAAUUUUAUUUCAAUUUUCGUGAAAUCCGCAAAGUGGACGAUUUCGACGCUCGGACGAGAUUUGAUUGGACUGGGGAGAAGAAAACGCACCGACAUCUCGUGCUUCGUAUUAAAGUCGCGCGCGACUUUAGACAAUCCCGGGGAUUGCAGGACCUCCUCGUGACACUGUCGACCCUGCUGCGGGGUAGCAUUUACGAGAAAUUGAGAUGGACCUUCAAGCUCUACGACAUAAACGGCGACGGCUGUAUCACCAGGGGCGAGUUGGGCGAAGUCGUGACGGCGGUCCACGAGCUCAUGGGUAGGCGGCAUCACGCCGAGGAGGAGAGGAAGGCGAGGGAACAGCUGGACAGGGUCUUCAAGAAACUCGAUCUCAACCAGGACGGUGUUAUCACGAUCGAGGAGUUUAUCGAGAGUUGUUUGAAGGAUGACGUGAUCACACGGUCGCUGGCGAUGUUCGAUUGCGCGCUUUGAUCUCCGGCUAAGGACGAGCCUCCAGCAGCGGUCACCGCGACGCCGCCGACGCCGCUCUCGACGACAACGUUCUCGCAAUCCUUGUCCCCGUCGCCGCCGCCGCCGUCCUAUUCCCUGCUGCCGCCUAUCCCGCCGCCUCUGCCCUCGCAACCGCCACCCGGUUACACCGUCCAGGAUCAGGAGCUUUAUCUACUCCUGGCCGCCCACUGGUGGAACCAACCGGAGGCACCGCUCUUCUGUUGAAGGGCAACGCGAUAAUACCGGCUCCUAGCGACAUAAAAUAGCAAUCGAGGUCUAAAUCUGUGCAAUCGAAGAGCGGAUUUCCCGGCAUCUUGUCGCUUUUUCGUCCUGCAAAACGUCCUGCACGAGCGGUACGAGGAAGCACGGUGCAAGAUGUUGUCCUUAUUCUCGCCGAGCUUAGCAAAAGCUCAGCCGUUUCGACAACACGCGGAAUAUCAUCGAGAGACUGCCGCUUCGUCAACGAGACAACAUCUUGCAGAGCAACGCGACGUUUCCGCGACGACGGAUUGCCGCUGGAUAUUUUAAUAAUCGCGAAAUCGAUAAUCUCUAACAAGAAUCGAGCGGAAUUGCAAGAAACGUUCGAUCUAAGAUCGAAGCUGUACAUUGAUACGGAAGACAAGUACCUGGAACCACCUCCCACAUUGCGAUAUCUCGCGUUUCAGAUGCGAAGAUUGGUGUCGGACAAAAGGAUGCUCUCGGAAAUGAAGAGAUGCCAAUCGAGAGAUACAAGAUACGCUACUCCCUUUCUGCGACUCGCCGUGAGAAGAUCCCGAAAAUAUCGAAGAAACCUGGUAUCGUGAAUUCGUGCCAAAUUUGUGGGAUUUUCAGGCGACGACGAUGAAAAGAAAAGGGAAAGAUGGUGGAGGUGCUAUGUGUGUGGCUGUGAAUCGGAGAUUGCGGCACGAAAACGAGGAUCCC